GCGUUGAGGAAUUCUGAGUAGGACAAAGACACGCAAAUUCUUGCACUACUUGAGUAUUGGUCGGCACAGCACAACAAUGGAGAGUAUAGUAGAAAGAUGCCCGAAUUCCGGACUAGGAAAGGGCGAGUUGAACAAAGGAUGGACUCUAACACGCCUUCAGUGUCGGUUCGGAGCUUCCCCAUGGAAGUUCGUGCGAUCUCAACUGUUGUCGUUGAUUGUUCCUUGCAAUCUUAACUGACCAUCGGCCGACGUCGAUUGAUAUCCAACACGUCGAUUUACCCCUGAAUACAAGAGCCGUAGGAAAGCAAUAUCUAUCCCUACUGCUUUGACAAUGCCCCGUCUCACGACUACCAAACCCUCCUAUGUCCUCCAAAAGCCCCUUGGCAACGGCGUGUUCCUCGUCCGCCGCGCCCCAGACGGCGAGCUUUUUCUCGCCCAACCUCUCGACGGCGACGACGGCGACAACAACAGCAACGCCAACAACAAUGAACCUGCCAUCCAGGAACCCACGAGUAACAUUCCCCAGGCAACCUUCCGCGAACUCCUUCGCCGCGGCGCCGGCCACGCAGCCGCCAACGUGCUCAAUCACGAGAACCUAGUCUCGGUGCGCGACGAGCUGGUCGACUUCCCCUUCCCGCUUCCGCCCCCACAUGUCCCUCCCCAAACAACGCUGUUGCACAAGGACGUGGACAUGGACGUGGACGGCCGCCAGCCCCAUGCUGCAGGAAACAACAACGGGGAACAAGAAGAAGAUGACAACGCCCGCCCUGAGCACCAGGCGCCGCCACCGCCGCCACGGCGCAUGCUCCUGUGGGAUUACUGCGACGCGGGCACGCUGCAGGACGUCAUGGAUUGCGCGUUACCCCCCCUUGCUGCUUACGACGAUCCCCUGGGCCAGGAUUUCCUCCCCGAAGGGUUCGUAUGGCACGUCAUGCUGGGCCUGCUGCGGGCGCUGCAGUUUCUGCAUCAGGGUAUUCGGGAGGGGUAUGAGAUUGAGGAAGUCCCCGCGGGAGAUGGUGGUGGUGGAAGGAGGUGGAAAAGGGCCAGGGGCGCGCAGACAAAAGAAGAGGAUUGGAUGCCCAUUCUACACCGGGAUUUGCAGCCCCGCAAUGUGUUCCUGCAGCGGCCCAGGGGGAUCGAGACGUACGGCGCCGUGAAGCUGGGCGGGUUUGGGAACUGCUUUGUUUCCGGGACGGUGGCCGGUACGGCGGGGACGCCGCUCGUGGCGAUCAAGGAGAGGGAUGGGUCGCUCGCGGAACUGCGGGAGAAACUGGGUCGGUUCAGGAGGGAUGAGAAACAGAUGCCCCUGGAAGAACGCCCGUAUACGAACGGAAGCGAGCUCGCCGCUCUGGGAUUAAUGAUCUACCAGAUGAUACACAGGCGUUUGAUGCUGUUGCCGCCAGGAGCACGCGGGAACAUUUUCGACCCCUGCUCCGACGACGUAGAUCCUCAGAAAAUUUUCAACCCGGAUUCCCGCUACACGCACGAACUAAAGGAACUGGUCACAGACCUCCUUCUCUCGAACCAAAAUGAAUCGUUUCCUGCCGGUAAGGUACUGAAUCGCGCGUGGGCAGGAUUCGAGAAGUGGGUUGCGAGUACGGAUGAUGGACGGUUACAUAGAGACUUAUUCGACGACAUUGCGUUUCGGAGACGGAACCAGGAAAGGAUUGAGAAGGCGCAAGCAAAGGAGGGCUAUGUUGGAGGCGAGGAUGUGUUCGUUGUUUGACUCGACUGGUUUUGUUUAUUCAUUUUGUGGUAAUCUGUGGGCUUCACAAGCAGUUCACCAGAUUCCGUCAGUUUCCACGCUUAAACAUGGAAGUGUAUGUAGGGCAAUGGAGUAUAUCCUAUCGUAUAAGAAGCAAUCAACCGUCGGUCUUUCCCUUUACAAAGAGCGCGCUGUUGUCACUUUAAAAUGAGUUCCAGAUGUCAGUGCAGGUGCCACA